AGUUGCUUUUUAAUUUUCGUUUGAACCUUUGCUGCGUAUUCGGUUCAGUCUCAGUUCUCAAACACACGCCGAGCCGAACAAAUGCAAAUGCAAAUAGCACAAAUCGCGAUUUGUCGAACAUAAUUCACUUUUGCUCCCACUACCUACAUAUAAAUAUAUAGUAUUAGAUGUUGGCAGUAAGUGUUCUGUGGCUGAUACUGAUUGGCGCACAAUUGGCCGCAGCCGUGGUGCAUCAAUCGCUGCAGGAUGCGCGACAAGAGCAGCAACAACUCAUUCAACGGUAUAUCAAGACCCUGAAUAAGGAAGAGGGCGCCAUACGUCUUGUUGGCGGUGAUGCCGAAAAUGAAGGUAACAUUGAGGUGCUGCACAACAACAAAUGGGGGGCCGUUUGCGACGAUGAAUGGGACGCAGCUGAGGGUGAAAUUGUGUGCCGCCAAUUGGGGUUCCUGGGUCUACGUCGCUAUACGCACAGUGGCUACUUUGGACCCGCUCGUCGUCGUUACUGGAUGGACAAUCUGUUCUGCGAGGGACACGAACAGGAACUGACCCAGUGCCACUUUGAUGGCUGGGGCGUCAACGACUGUGAACCGAGCGAAGCAGCUGGCGUUAUGUGCAACCCACCAGCGGCGGCUCUAAGAGCAGAGCCCGCAACUUUCGCAGAUGACCGACCACUGGCCAAAUUUCCCAUACAUCCCAAUUCACGGCUAUAUGUGAGAUUGCGAGGCGGUCGCUCGAGAAACGAGGGACGUGUGGAGGUUCGGAUUGAUGGCCAGCGCUGGGGCAGCAUUUGUGCGGAUGGCUGGUCGAUGUUGGAGGCGAAUGUUGUCUGCCGCCAGCUGGACUUGGGCUAUGCUCGGGAGGCCUUUCAGACGGACUACUUCGGAGGUGCCAAUAUCUCACGGCCCAUGCUCAGUGGCACCGAGUGCUAUGGGAAUGAAACGGAGCUGGCGGAUUGCCUGCACCACAAUCAUAUUCGAGGGAUUGUGAGCUGCCAUGGAAGUCGACAGCAUGUGGCUGCUGUAAUCUGUGAUUAUCUAUCGCCCGAUUUGGUUGUGGACUUCUAUGAGAUCGAGCAGACGGCCCACUUAGAGGAUCGCCCCAUGCUGCUUAUGCAAUGCGCCAUGGAGGAGAACUGCGUCUCCAAUGAGGCCUAUCAAAUCCAGCGCGACGAUCCCAGCUGGCGAUACCAGAGGCGAAGGCUACUCAAGUUCACGGCAGCUGCCAUAAAUGCGGGCAACACGGACUUCAGACCCUUUAAAGAGAAGAGCCAGUGGGAGUGGCAUAUGUGUCAUAUGCACUUUCACAGCAUGGAAGUGUUUGCCACCUUUGACAUAUUCGAUGCAGAGGGUCGCAAAGUUGCCCAGGGCCACAAGGCAUCCUUCUGCCUGGAAGACAGCAGCUGCCUGCCCGGCAUUCACAAGAAAUACAACUGCGCCAACUUUGGCGAUCAAGGCAUCUCUGUCAAUUGCUCGGAUGUUUAUCUGUACAAUCUGGACUGCCAGUGGGUGGACAUCACAGAACUGCCACGGGGCACAUACAUACUUAAGAUUGCCAUCAAUCCGGAAUUCAAGGUGGCCGAGAUGAGCUACGACAACAACGCUGCCAUUUGUGACCUUUUCUACGCAGAAAAUUAUGCGCGUGUUGACAACUGCCGUCUGGCAAGACCCUGAAGACGAUCAAGCCUCGAAUAUUUCUUUAACAGUGCCAAAUAUUAUGAUUAACCACGAAGAGCGUCAAGCGUAAAGAUGUUUAUAUUUUUCUACAUUCUACAUUUUCUACAUUUUUUCUCUUCUUUAACCGAAAUAAAACUGCACAUUUUAAAGGUCGUUAGUACUCAA